UAAAUAAACUCAAGAAUAAUGAAACACACACUAUCUGUUUUAGUAGAAGAUGAAUCUGGUGUUUUAACUCGUAUUUCUGGAUUAUUUGCCAGACGUGGAUUCAAUAUAGAUAGCCUAGCUGUUGGUCCAGCUGAAAAAGCUGGUAUAUCAAGAAUUACAAUGGUUGUGAGAGGUGAUAAUAGAAUUAUAGAACAAAUUACGAAACAUCUUUAUAAAUUGGUAAAUGUAUUAAAAAUUCAAGAUAUAACCAAUAUUCCAUGUGUUGAAAGAGAAUUAAUGCUAAUAAAAGUAAGAACUGGGGAUAAUAAAAGAAAUGAAGUACUAGAAAUUGCUAAUAUUUUUAGAGCACGUGUUGUUGAUUUAUCGGAAUAUUUUGUUAUUUUAGAGAUUACAGGAGAUCCGGGAAAAAUGGCUGCAAUUGAAAAGUUAUUAGAAAAAUAUGGCAUCUGUGAGAUUGCUAGGACAGGGGUGGAGGGACUUGAACCCUCACGAUUUAUGAAAAUCAACAGAUUUUAAGUCUGUUAUGUCUACCAUUCCAACACACCCCCAUUAAAUGGGGAAUAAGGCGGCACCCAGAUUUGAACUGGGGAUAAAGGAUUUGCAAUCCUC